AUGCCGAUGCAGAGUAUGGCAGCGACUGGAGAAGGCAAUGUGACCCUCCAACAGUCCUCUGCGUCUCUCGACAGUGCUGUGGCUGUUCAGGACUUGUCCACCACAACAAAGCAACAAGCAGAUCUCAUGUCCACCCUCAAGAGUCUACUCAGCUUUCUGGACUUUCAGAGUGGGCAGGGAGAAGGAAAAGACAGGAUCAAGCUGCUGGGGUUGCCUAAUAUCGGAAACACAUGCUUUCUUAAUGCAACCCUGCAGUGCUUGUUUGCACUUCCGGAAUUCUCCACCAACAUCGUGAGGCAGGAAGAGAUCUGGGGGCCUGCUUCCUCUUCAGUUUUACUGAGAUGCUUCCAUGAACUCCAGGCAGCCAGAAACUACACCAGUACGGGCAGGAAAACUUCCAAAAAUCUCAAAAAGAAGAUUCUGUACAGGGUCAAGAACUGUCUAGCACAAUACAACGACAGUUACCUCGAAAAUUACGAGCAGGACGCACACGAGCUCCUUAUAUUUGUCCUCUGCCAGCUAAAGGCUGAGGGGGAGUCUCUGAGGCAUUACAUCUGCCCAGUGGCCAGCCUGGAGUUUAAUAUGCAGAUCGAGCGCACCUGCUGCAGGUGUGGAGAGAAGGUUUACAGAGAAGAACCUUUCAACUUCCUGUCCCUAGAGUUGACUCCAUGCCUUAAGAAAAGUUUGUGUCUGUACUUCAAGGCAGCAGAUGUGGAGUGCAGAUGUGAGCUGUGUCUGGGUGAGCAGGCGUCUGUGGUCAGCAAGCUCCUCUCCUUUCCCCGUGUUCUAGUUCUCCAUAUGAAGAGGUUCAGUUUUGAGGAUGGGAAACUGGUCAAAAGGACUGAAGACAUGGCCAUCCCAGGAAUUAUACCACUGUCCUGUAUCUCAGUCUGUGGGGAUGAAACAUCCAAGCCCGACUGUCAUCAGAUGAACAGCAGUACUACUGACACCCAGACUCCUGCCGCCCUUUCCUCCAGUACAGAUGGACAACCCAGGAGACACUGGAGUCUACCGCCUGUCUGGGAUCAUCUCUCAUGUGGGAGACAGCAUGAACUCCGGCCAUUACAUCAGUGACGUUGCCCAGGGCCAGGGUGAUGGAUGGCUCACUCUGGAUGACACCAAUGUGAUAAGAGCAGACGAGGCCAUGGUGCGGGGGGAUUGUGCAUCUCUGGCCUACAUCCUGUUCUACACCUACAGUCUUACUAGUUUUAGUGGACAAGGUGAAGGACACUAGACCACGAGGGGCCUGCUAGAACACCAGGGGCCCACUAGACCACUAGGAGUCCACCAUUCAUCAUGGGCCCUCUAUCAACCAGGAUCCCCCUCUCCACCAGCUGCCCGCUAGACCAGGG